UGUUCUUUAUUUAAAAACUAUGACAUUAUUGAUUUUUGUUACUAUAGAAACACUCUUCAUAAUACCUUCGAAAUGUAACGUGCUCCCAUUAUUUCAGCUGAAAUAAAUCUUUAUUUUCCUAAUACAUUUCUUCUCGCCGACGGCGCAAUUAAAGAAGAAGAAAUGUAAUAUUAUCGUUUUUUUCUUUCGCCGUCUUGCAAGGCUGAGCGGCGCAAUACGAAGAAAAACGCAAGAUUCAAGGCUCCGCCAUAUGGUCCUUCAACGGAAAAGAUCAGCGCCGAAGAUGGAAUCACGCAGUAAAUUACAUUGAAGGUCAGAAAUCAUUCUUUAUCUCGUCGACUUGAAUGAAGAGCCGAGCGGCGCUAUAUAAAAGGAUAAAGAAUGCAGUAAUACAUUUUUUCUCGCCAACGGCGCAAUUAAAGAAGAAGAAUUGUAAUAUAUCGUUUUUUCUUUCGUCGUCUUGCAAGACUGAGCGGCGCAAUACGAAGAAAAACGCAAGAUACAUAUAACGCAAUGAUGCACCAACUAGCGCUAUCAUGAAAGCGCGUGCAAGCAACAUUUAAAUCGUUUCGUCUACAUUGUGGUAAACGUGCAAUCUUGAACGCAUCCCUUCGUGCUCGUGCGGGCGGCAGCAUUGCGCAGUCCUCGAGUGCGACUAGCUCCUCGACCAAUCGCAGCGCCGUACGUGAACGCCGGGAACGCAACACACUGCGCUUCAACUCACAGCCACUGACGUGACGACGCCAUUAUCCGUUUCGUGUUUGAACUAUUUAAUUUCUUUACCGAAAAACAUAUUUAGUAAAUUAGUUGUGUAUUGGUGUAUUCCAGUAGUGUGAAAUUGUAAUAUUUAAGUGUAUUAGUGAUUGUUUAAGGCAUUUUAUACAAAAUUGUAAUCGUAAAAAUGUCAGAGGCUGAACAGAAAGAAGCCAUAGCGGCGCGAGGUCGCGCUAAAGCCUCUAUCACGCGCUUGAAAAACAGCCUUGACCGCGAAGCGCUCAUAAAUUCACCGAUAGAAUUAGUAACAGUAAAAAGGGCUAGACUUUUGGAUGCCUUUUCUGACUACGAACGCCUUACUAGCAAGGUUGCCUCCCUUUUUUCUUCCCCACCAGCUACCCUCGCCAGCGAUGACGAGGAGGUGGAAGAUAACUACAUUUUGUUGGUAGCGCAGCUAGAUAGCAUCAUAAAUGUUAUCCGCCAAAGGGACAAUCCUCAAGUGAACGCCACAAGCAGCAGCGCAACUGGAGUAAGUGUAAAGUCGGAGAACCUCAAACUGCCUCGGAUCGUGAUAAAAACAUUCACAGGUAAAUACACAGAAUAUUACGAAUUUAUAAACAUGUUCACAGCCAUGAUCGAUAAGUGUACUUCUUUUUCAGCAGUGCAAAAGCUAUAUUAUCUUAAAGGUUUUUUAAGCGAUGAACCGCUCGAUUUAAUAAAAAAUCUACCAUUAGAAGACAACAGCUACCCAGAAGCAUUGUGCUUGCUGAAAGAACGAUACGAUAAUAAAGUUCGAAUUACCCAAGAACAUGUAAAUACACUGCUAGAUAUGCCUACAAUCACGCGAUCUAAUGUCACUAAUUUACGAAAUUUUAUUUCAGUUGUAAAACAGCAUCUUGCUGCUCUGCGAAACUUGGGUGAGCCUGUAGAUAAGUGGGAUGCCAUAAUCAUUUGCAUCCUAUCUAAGAAGAUCGACCUGCCUACCUACAGAGCAUUUCAACUGGAGCGAAAUAACAAUGAGUCACCCACGGUAAAGGAAUUCCUAGGAUACGUGGAAAAACGUGCCCUAGCAUUCGAGAACACUGACGUACAGAAGGGGCCUUCGCAGAGCUUUGUCAGUCAUUCUAUAACUGCACAAGCAAAGCCGUCAGCGCAUCAGCCUCCGCUGCAAUGUUUAUAUUAUUCUCCUGACACAGCCGGAGUCCAAUAAUGGAAACCUAGCAACCUUCCAGCCUACAGUGACUGCAGGCAGUGCAAGUACUUUAGCACCGAGCAUUACAACCUCGAGUGCUGCAACUACGAGUACUUCAAUAGCAUGUGCCGCUACAUCACAAGGACCUACGCUUGUGCAGACAGCAUUUGGCGUAAUCAUUGCCGGCCGCACGCAGCUACCUGCAAGAAAUUCUGAUCAGGUCACAUCUUUGUUUUGUAGUAAAUGCAAUGACAAUUUAAGCGAACAGUUAAGUGCAUUUUGGGAAACUGAAAAAGUACCUGAAAUUUUUCCAGAAAAAUUACCAGAGCAAGAUUACUGUGAAAAGCUUUUUAGGGAAACCACAAAGCUAGUGGAUAAUAAAUAUGAGGUCUCACUGCCCACCAAGGUCCCUUUAGAGCAAAUCAACUCUGAGUUAGGGGAAUCUUUUCACUUAGCACUCAAUAGGUUUCUUAAUCUAGAAAAGAGGUUACACAUGCCAAAAAAUCAAGCUCUUUUCACUGAAUACAAAAAAUUUAUAGAUCAAUAUGUUGAUUUAAAUCAUGGAGAAUACAUUGACAUAAAUAAAUAUGAUUUAACUAAAGAUCCUGUGAACUUUGUCCCUCAUCACCCCGUGAUUCGCUUAGAAGCACGGACUACAAAGCUCCGUUGUGUUUUUGACGCUUCAAUGCGCACAAAUAAGAAAGUUUCUUUGAAUGAUAUGCUUCUAAAUGGCCCUGUGGUGCAGAGAGAUCUGUUUGACAUACUAAUAUUGUUCAGAGCUGACAAACUCUUUUUUAUUUGUGACAAAAUCAAUGUUCCGCUGUGUUAAUUUAAAUCCAGCUCAACGAUCACUACAAAACAUUCUUUGGCGAGAGUCCAAAAAUAAUGACAUAAGGUGUAUUCAACUUAACACGGUAACUUACGGCAUGAAACCAAGUUCCUGGUUAGCCACAAAAUGUCUUAGUGAUCUUGCAGAAAGAAAUGAACAUUCUAUGCCAUUGGCAGCGUCAGCUAUAAGAAACAACACAUAUGUUGACGAUAUUCUAGUAUCUUGCAGCUCUGAACAAGAACUAGCACAAACGCAAUCACAGUUGGUCAAUAUGCUCAAUCUGGGAAGUUUUCACUUGCACAAAUGGGCCUCGAAUUGCAUGCCAGUCUUAGAGAGUGUACCCAAAGAAAGUCACUACUUAGGAGAAGUAGAUCUCCAAAAAGAUCAUGCCUUUGUGAAGACGCUAGGCAUUCACCUAGAUGUCAAGUCUGAUGUCUUCAAAAGCACACGCCCUGAGCCAUACAAUAGUUCAAACGAUUGUAAACGCGACAUUUUGAGCUAUAUAAGCAAAUUUUACGAUCCAUUAGGUCUAAUAGGUCCUGUUUUCGUUCGCGCAAAGGUUAUUAUGCAAAUGUUAUGGGCAGCUCAUGAUCUGAAUUGGGAUUCCACUCCUCCAGAUAACAUUCGUAAAGUAUGGACUGACUUUAUUGAUGAUCUCUCUCUGAUGGAGCCAGUAGUCAUACCGCGUUGUGUCAAGUCAGAGCAAACAGUGGCCAAUCAGCUGAUUGGAUUCGCUGAUGCCUCGUCAGUGGCCUAUGGCUGCUGUUUGUACUUGCGCACAAUAGAUGAGCAUGAUAAUGUACGUACUGAGCUAUUAUGUUCAAAGUCUCGAAUUAGUCCAUGUAAGAAAUUACUUAGUACUGCAAGACUUGAAUUGAAUGCUAGCUUGCUCUUAUCUGGUCUAGUAAAACGGGUUCAUGACACUCUGACAAUAAAAUUAGACAUUCAUGAAAUCCAUCUCUUCUCUGACAGUCAAAUAGUGCUGGCAUGGCUAAAGACAGACGUUGCAAAAUUGAUGACAUACGUCGCAAAUAGGGUCCGAGCCAUCAAAGAGUUGACAGAUGGCUAUCAUUGGCAUUAUGUAAACACUAAUGACAAUGCGGCGGAUUGCCUCAGCAGGGGUCUCUUGCCUCAAGAUAUCGCAGGCCACGCCAUAUGGUGGCGGGGCCCGAUAUUCCUGCAUAAUAAAAAUUAUAUUUUUUCAGAAGAAUCACCCAUGCCUACCGAUUUGCCAGAACUGAAACCUGAUCAUACUAGUGCUCUGUGCCUUACAACCACGACGCACGACCCUGAUCUCUUUCAAAUAAUAAAAAAGUUCUCUACUAUAGCGAAAAUGACUCGUGUUCUUGCAUAUAUCCUUAGGUUUUGCAAUAAUGUUAAACCAACUUCUGAGAAUCUUAAAGGCUUCUUAACUAUAGUCGAACUCAACAAGGCCCUCAUGUUAAUAGUCAAACAUGAGCAAGCUCAAUUCUUUUCAGAUGACUUAAGUAUGUUGCGAUCUGGCAAGCAGCUUAAAGGUAAUUUAAAACCACUAACUCCCUUCCUUGAUGGUGAAGGCAUCAUACGAGUUGGUGGUCGAUUGCAAAAUGCGUUGCUUCCUUAUGCUGCACAGCAUCCGGCAAUAUUGCCAAAACAGUCGCCUAUAACAAACUUGCUUAUAAGAAAUGAACAUAUAUGUUUACUACAUGCAGGACAAAAGUUAGUCUUGUGUUCUCUAAGGCAAAGGUUCUGGAUAGUAGAUGGUUUACGUACUGUAAAAAAGAUUAUACAUAAGUGUAUA